AUGUCAACUUUACUAUCAAAUCAUACAAGCUCAAAGACUGAUCUCAAAGGUUUAACUCUUAUCUUGGUAGAUGUCAUAAAAGAUAAAGGAUAUGAAACAAUUGAAAAAAUCAAGUCAUUAAAUGAGUCGAAACCAGGUUGGUAUGACCCCUUAUAUGAGUGCUACGUGAAUUACAAUGCAGUGGUAAAAGAGGAUAUACCAGAGGCAAUUAAAGGUGUAAAUGAGGGCCAACCACAAAUCAGUAAAGGUGACAUGAUGGAUAUUUCAAUCAAGUCCCAAGCAUGUGACGAGAGCUUUAUGAGACGCAGCAUGUCAUUACCAUUGGCAACAUUGAACACGCUUAUCCACAAUCUUGCUUACUUGACUGCAAACUUUAUCGAACUAUUAUAG